ACAUUACAAGGGGAAGGUGCAGUGCCAUGCCAAGAAACGAGAACAUCCUGUCUACAGUCUCUUCCACUAACGUCAAGGAUCUAACCAAUUAACUUGGUGACGUUAGUCCCAAUAAGCCCCAUCCUACACAACCUGUUAUGUUGCCAUCCCGACCCAUACUGGGUAAAUGACCCACCCUGGCAGAAGUCACAAGAUAUUAAGGAGCGGACGGGUUCCAACGGGUGCCGGCUCACGUCUGGGAAGAACAUUUUUUGACUCGCAAGAAGCUGCAAAUGCUCGCGCUGUCUGUUUGAAUCUUGUGCCUCAUGCUCGCUCUGAAAGAAACCUUCAGAGUUUGACUACUUUGCAAAAUUGGUUUUAGUGAGAGCAUCUUCAAGUCAGAGUUCACUUCAAAUAAAAUCAGAGUGUCGGCAUAAUUGUUGAAAUCCGUUCUCGUGCUCGCUCUACGGAUUGGAAAAUCAUUUCUUUAAACUUGUGAACGUUCUAAAACAACCAACAGUCCAAAAAAGUGAGUUAAAACCAAAAAUAGGCGAUUGUGCAACCAUGGAUCAGGAUUUGAAGCCCUUGGUCCCCCCGUCUGGGGCUCCAGUGGUUCCAGCGCAGGAUUCGGGAUGCAGCAACAAGAUCUUGGAGAGCUUGGACCGUCUUCAGGCCACCCUGAAGGAGAUGGAGAAGGCUUGCCGAGGCAAAGACGCCGAGGUCUGGCACAAACCUCGCAAGGAUGGCAGGAAGAUCUAUGCUCGUGUCCGCUGCAAUGUGAUCUGUGUUGGAGAGAUUGACACUGUCAAGCAAGAGUUCUCGGCUGAGAUCUACCUGGCUGUGACCUGGAAAGAGCCGUCGGUCAAAGGCAUGACGAGGGAGGACGUGGACUGGGAGGCACAGUGGAGCCCAUGCGUGUAUUUCUUUAACGCUGUCAGCAUUGACAAGAUGGUCUGCAAACACAAUGUCAUCUAUCCCGAGGGCGAGCCAGAUGGGGUACCAGACGCACAGGUGUCCUAUCGAAUGAAAGCAACAUUCAAGGCCGGCAUGACACUGCACGACUUCCCGUUUGAUCAUCAGGAACUGACCAUCAAAUUAAUGUCUGACUGGCCUUUUACUGAUGUGGAGUUUGUCAAGGAUAUGAAUAUCAAAGAUUCUAUUCGAUUGGAUACAUUCACCGCCGGUGAGGAGUGGGUGCUGAGCAAGCACGUCAUCGCCCAGCCGGUCCUUGAAGAUAAGGCCAAGACUGGCUCCCAUCGACAGUAUCCUCUCUAUUAUCUCACGAUGCACGUCAGACGUAAAAGUGGAUUCUAUCUCUGGAACGUGGGACUCAUUCUGAUGCUAAUUCUGUUGCUGUGCUUCACAUGCUUCGCAGUCAGUCCUGAGGAGCCAGCGGAUCGGCUGAGCGUCACCGUCACGCUGCUGCUCACUGCUGUAGCCUUUAAGUAUGUGGUCUCCCAGAGUCUGCCAACCAUCUCCUAUCUGACGCUGCUGGACAAGUACGUGCUGUGCGGACUGAUCCUACAGUGCCUGAUUGUCAGCCAGAAUGCAAUGGCCUCGCUGUUUGACACCGAGAGUCUACCCCUCUUUGACAUUCUCUCGAUCUGCGUACUGGCCGCCCUGGUGUGCUUGGUGCAAAUUGUAUUUAUGCUGGCCAGUGUCAUUAAGUCAAUGAGAGUUUCCAAUAAGCUGCAGAAGUACACCAAGCAGUAUAAUGAACUGUGUGAUCAAAUCAACCAGAGUUGGCAGGCACGCCAGCAGCAGCUGAAGGACCGGGAGAAAGAGAAGAAUGAGCAGUACGCCGGGGAAAAAUCACUGGUGGACUCCACCACGGAGCAGACGGACAUGACCUUGUUCGUGGGUGACAUUCCGACACAGUCAAGUACUCUGUGAACAAGUGGACCCCGCGAAGACAGUUACCAGUGAAGAGUGAAGACGCUUUUUGGAAGAGCUUGGAAUUGAGAUACAACAAAAAAUGAUCUGGGGAUAAUUUCUUUUAAUUUUCAGGGUUUUAUCUCAAAGUUUUGAUCCUAGAUAUCAUCAUUGUUUCCGACCGUAAGUUCACCUCUAAAGGAGACUUUUGGAAGCCUUCUUGAGGUGCGCCACAAGAGCAAAAAUUUUAACAGGUAGUUUUUACCCUUGUGACAUGACGAACACAUGUACAUGGCAUAAUUUUGCCCGCCAAAAAAUAUGUUUUUAAAAAUUAAACACCAAUGAAGAUCUAUAUUUUAAUGAUUAAAAAAGUAAAACUAUUUUAAACCAUAUGCUAAGACUUCAUUAAGCACCCCUCAUUUUGCUAGGAUAUUUCUAGAGAAUUCCUUAAAAAAUAACACAAAACAAUUAAAACUUCCUCAAUUUUUUGUGUGUGAUUUCCACCAAUUAAAAAAAUUGAAGUCUUCAAUUUUUUUAAGUCUAGAUCUACACCUGGGCCUAAUACAGAUCACACUGUUUUGGGGUUUAAUGGUGAUCAUAAGAAUUUUCUGGGAUAUAUGCAUUUGCCUGUUGGGUCAAGGUUACUCCCCAAGUUGGGCUGACACUGUGAACUGUGUGUUGAAUGGGGAGGCCCAUGCAAUCUACAGGGAUAGGUUUGGCCAAUAUGGCAAGCCCACAAAAGAAGGGUCUGAGCAUUAUGCUUUGAAUUUAAUGGGAUCAGCUAUCCAUGACUGCAGGUGCAAUUAAUAUUGUAAAGCUUGUAAACAACCUGUUCCAGACAAAACCACACAGGCCACCGCCUGUGUGGUUUUGUCUGGAACACACAAAACUGAGGUGUAGACUUCAAAUCAAGUCGGUAAUUUUUGGAAUUUUUAUGGAAUUUUUUUUUUGGGACAGAGCUCGUUUUUUUUUGACCUCCUAACCCCCCCCCAUCCGCGCCUGUAUAUUCAGUAAACAUGCCUUCAUUUUUCCCCCCGAGAUUUCAGAAAUUAGUUUUUCAGGCACAAAAUUGUAGUUUUAAGUUUCACACCAUGUAUCUUGCUGAAGUCCAUAUAAACUAGUGUAUAUAAUGUAAAUAUACUGUUUAGGUAAGGCCCCCCCAAAAAAUAAG